AUGCAGAGGAAAGGCGGAAGAGCGCCGUCAGGGCCGCUAUCACGGCUCAGGCCAAUAGAACAGGACCCGCUCGGCGAGUACGGGCUACCCUCGAAAGGGGAGAAAAGACUUCUCUCCCCUAAAGUCCAGGAAGCAUACUACGCCAGGAUCGUCGAGCGCUACCUCGCCUUUUGCACCGAAGCCGGCGACAGCGACAGCCUGCAAAAGCAAUUCGCCCGGCUGGCCUUGACCGCGACCACGACCACGACCACAACAUCAGUCUCUCUCCCUCCACAUACGUCAUCCGCUUCCCUAUCCCAAUCAAUCGCGACCCUUCCAUCAACCGAGAAGCUGUCCCAAGUCCUCUCCGCCCUCCGCAAGCUCCGCGAGGCCCUCGUUGCUUCCCACCGGCACGACCACUUCGCAACCCAAGCCUACCUUUUCUCGAUUCGUCUGGGCAUACUCGCAUCCUCGUACGAGACCUACUACCCGUCCCUGCUACACCUCCUCCGCCGACACCACCAACAACGUGACCACCCAACCGGCACUACCACCACCAACCCGGCACCCUUACCCACUGACAAGAACACCAACAGCAGCAGCAGCCUGACGAGCGUCGAACUGACCGAAAUAACAACCUACCACAUCCUCGACACAGCCUGCCGAAGAGGCGACCUAGCCGAGGCCUAUUCCCUAUACAACCAACAGCACCACCACCGCCGCCGCCUCCACCACCACUCAACCACGAUAGCCUCCUCCUCCACUUGCUCCUCCCCUUCCUCCGACACAUUGAAGCUAAAGUCGAUCCUCGACGCGCUGACAAGCGACAACUGGGUAGCCUGGCGCCGACUUAAGAAACAAGUCGACCUGUACCGGGUCAAGCUGAUGGAGUUUGCCGAGCAUCAGGUGCGGGAGCACACCCUCCGAGCGUUUGGACGGGCGUACCUGUCUGUUCCGGUCGGCGUGCUCGAGGAGCAGACGGGUUGUGGGUGGGCGGAGCUGAAGGGGAGGUUCGGGGUCGGGUGGGAGCUGGAGGAGGCCGGGGGGAAGGUGGUGAUUAGGAAGGUUCGGUAA